AUCCUUUCUUGAACGCUACUAAUUCUAUACGAUAUCCCAGCCUUACUGACCUGGUAGUUCUACCAACGAAGGUUCUCCAGUUGACCAACAUGUUUGAGAAACACGACGAACUGAARGAUUCAGAAGAAUAUGAAGAGUUUCUCGAAGAUAUUHGACAAGAAUGUGAAAGAUUUGGUGCGGUGAAAUCAAUCCGCGUCCCGUUUCUGGACGACGCAAAUGCUUGUGAUUCUGAACUAAUAGGAAAGGUAUUUGUAGAGUUUUCUAACUCAAAAGACUGCGAGUCUGCUCGUCAUGAACUCACUGGUAGGACAUUCAAUGACAGGACAGUAGUGACAAGCUAUUUCCCUAUCAACCAUUUCAAACACGUCUAGCAUCCUUGGAAACAUUGUACGGGAGCAGUGCUCACAAGAUUUGUGAAGCUUUAUUUCUCAUUUUAGCCACGUUGGAUGCUAGCCUCACAAAUCAAUGUAACGCGCUACGUGUCUUUUAAAUAGCUCGACAACGAUCAUCGUUUUCGUAAACGCAGCGUUAUUUGGUUUGUUUCUUGUAAACAAUAGGCGUAAACGCGUGAAAAAAAUGAUGCGGAUUCGGUCCGGACGUACGGUAAAUGCUGCCUUAGUUUUGCUCUGUGAGGCUCUGUAUUUGUCAAAAUGUUCGUGCUUUGUUGUUUGUAUUUUCUCACUUGCAUAAAUGASUUUUUAUCCCGG